GGGAUGUUCUCUUCCAGAUGGCAGAAGUUCACCGGCAGAUUCAAAAUCAGUUGGAAGAGAUGCUGAAGUCUUUUCACAACGAGCUACUGACGCAACUGGAGCAGAAAGUAGAACUGGAUUCCAGGUAUCUAAGUGCUGCGUUGAAGAAAUACCAGACUGAGCAAAGGAACAAAGGGGACGCGCUAGAGAAGUGCCAGGCAGAGCUGAAAAAACUUCGGAAGAAGAGCCAAGGGAGCAAAAACCCUCAGAAGUACUCGGACAAGGAGCUGCAGUACAUUGAUGCUAUCAGCAACAAACAAGGUGAGCUAGAAAACCACGUCUCUGAUGGCUAUAAGACAGCGCUCACAGAGGAGAGGAGACGGUUCUGCUUCCUGGUAGAGAAGCAGUGUGCUGUGGCUAAGAACACCAUCUCCUACCACGCCAAGGGGAAAGAGAUCUUGACACAGAAGCUCCCGAUUUGGCAGCAAUCUUGCUCGGACCCCAACAAGAUCCCAGACCGGGCUAUUCAACUGAUGCAACAGAUGGCCGCCAGCAGCAAUGGCACAAUCAUCCCCAGCUCCCUGUCUACGUCCAAAUCGAACCUAAUCAUCUCAGACCCUAUCCCCGGGGCCAAACCGCUCCCUGUCCCACCAGAGUUGGCGCCCUUCGUGGGGCGCAUGUCGGCACAAGAGACCAUUCCCGUGAUGAAUGGCGUCUCGGGCCCUGAGGUCGAGGACUACAGCCGCUGGCCCGAGAUGAAGCCAGCCCAGCCAAAAUCCCUAACUCCUCCCCAGCAUCAGAAGCAACUGAGUGACUCGUACUCCAACACACUUCCUGUGCGCAAGAGCGUCGCACCGAAAAACAGUUACGCAACCACUGAAAACAAGACCUUGCCACGCUCCAGUUCCAUGGCUGCCGGGCUUGAGAGGAACGGCAGGACGAGAGUACAGGCCAUUUUCUCUCAUGCUGCGGGUGAUAACACCACCCUCCUGAGCUUCAAGGAAGGAGACCUCAUCACGCUCCUGGUGCCGGAGGCCCGAGAUGGAUGGCACUACGGGGAGAGUGAGAAAACAAAAAUGAGAGGCUGGUUCCCUUUCUCCUACACGCGGGUUCUUGACAGCGAUGGAAGCGACAGGUUGCAUAUGAGCUUGCAACCAGGGAAAAGCAGCAGCACAGGCAACCUGCUGGAUAAGGACGACAUCGCCAUCCCGCCGCCAGACUACGGCGUGUCCUCAUCACGGGUCUUCCCACCACAACCUGUCAGCACUUUCAAACAGAGACCAUACAGCGUGGCAGUGCCUGCCUUCUCCCAGGGCCUUGAGGACUAUGGGACGAGAGCUGGAAGCAGGAAUCCUUUUGCCAACAUCCAGCUGAAACCAACAGUGACCAACGACAGGUCAGCUCCCUUCAUCAGCUGA